CGCCAGCCGCGCCGAGUUUGAACAAGAAAAAAGGAAUCAGAAGAAGAAGAAGUUGCUGAGGAGAAAUGUCUGCGUUCACGAAGUCGUUGGCAAUAUCGAUCAGGCGAGUUGUUGCAUCUCGUGUGCGGCAUCACUCCUCCCUCACAGCUGAGCUGAUUGCAAACAUGGACAAGAAAGCAACCUGGGACCGCUUCUACACUGAGAGCAGCAGCGGUACAACCACCUUCAAAAACUUUGAGUGGUUCUUUGGCUUCGAUGCUGUCCGAGACUUCAUCAUGCCCCUCUUGCAGACCAAGUCCCACCCAGAUGCUCCGCUCCAGGUACUGGAUAUGGGCUGUGGCACUUCUGCUUUAGGGCCCUGUAUUUACAGACACUCUCUUCUCCCUGUGCGUGUCACUUGUGCUGACAUUUCUCCUGUAGCUGUGCGACUUAUGCAGGAACACAUCCAAACCAAAGACUUUCAACCUUACAAUCUUUAUUCCUGGCUUGAGUUUGUAGAGCUGGACUGCACGCAGCUUCACAAGCACUUUGAUAGUAGUAGUGUCGACCUUAUAGUCGAUAAAGGCACCACAGACGCUUUGUUGAGGUCAAAAGAGGGGAGACGGAAGGCCAGUCUGGUGCUGAAGCAGUGUUUGAAGGUAUUGCGGAGCUCAGGAUCACUGCUCCAGUUUUCAGAUGAGGACCCUGAUUCCAGGCUCCUGUGGCUGGAGACUGAGGCACAGGAGCCGGGGAUUGUGGCAGCAGAUGUUGGCGUGCAGGAGGUCGGGGAGUUAAGGGGAAUGUCUUACUAUUGCUACCACGUGACUCCUCGCCCUGUUGCUCAGCAGUAAUUCUCUGUAUGGUCAGAAUAUUAGAUGAAUGAAAUAUUUUACAUGAUUAUUUUAAAAAUAUAUGUUUUUUUUAUUCUAACUUAAUCAUGCUUCAUUGUUGUCAUGAUUUCAUAUUGGUCCAUAUAUGUGUCAACUUUAUGACAAGGUAAAUGUCACCUAUGGUGCAGUAUGAUUAUACAUUUAACCCUUAGGGCCUGCUUUAAUAUUUCACAACCGUAACCCUAAAAAUAUUUAGAUUAAAUAGAUUAAAUAAUAGAUUUUCUAAUACUUUCAUGGAGUUUUUUUUUU